AUGUCUGACGACUCACAAGCUGAGAUUCAGCAAGCCAUCAGUGGGGCCGGUGACCGCGGUCCAGGAGGCAUUGGUCAGUACUAUCGGCGAUCUAUAUUCUAUGCUAGUGGCAGCAGUUCUCUGACCAUUGUGCUAUCUUUAUUCAUGGACCGCGAGAAGCUCUUUGUGCAAGGACCCAAGAAAGACGCAGAGAUGGCCCCGGAUAUACCUGUCCAGGAAGUUGGGUGCCCUGCUAGUCCUGAAAUGACCGAAGAAUAA